CAUCUUUCACUGUAACUUUAUGUAAUUCCGGCAAACAGUGAUUAUACUUUGAAGAGUUUGCUACUAACCCUAACCCUAACCCUUAUCAGAUUGCGUUUGCCUGGCAGCAGGAAGUUAGCAUGUUUCUGUACCCCAAACGCAGAAGCGCUGUAAGUGCGUCCUUACAUAUCUCAGUUUUCUCUGCGUAUUUUAUACCUGUGCACAAGAACUAAUGUCAUCAUCCACACUGUCCUCCUCCACGCCACAUUCACACAAACCUGAACCAAGUUUUCUAAAUUCCAAUUACUGGGUUUGAUUCUAAGAAACGUGUUGAAGACUGAUACAAUAAAGCCUUGUUUCUCUUUUUAAGAGAACCUGGAAUGAUAACGCGAAUCUGGGAUUUAUUUGUGUGUAUUUAUUUUGUUGGGGACACUUUUUGUUCUUUGUUUUGCGCCUGAGUACAAAGUUCGACACGCUGACUCGUACUCCAUCACGGCAGGUGGCAGUAAUGAGCUUUGAACGAUCGACGCCAUCCGACCAAAGAGAAAAAGACUACAAGUUAGCAUAGCAUUUACUGCCGCACGUGGGCAAGUGCGAGGUCCAAGUGUUGUUCUUGUAGUUUGUUGAAGCAGCUACAACAUCAAAAUGUUGAAAAACUUGGUGAGGGAGCGACUAAUUGCGGCCGCCGACGAAAUUUUCGAACUGUUUGAAAAAACGAUAGCGUCGUACGAGGAGCAAGUUUGUCGCGCGAGAGCGGAGACCGAGCAACGACGACAACUGGAAGCUGUUUGCGACACACAAAUUGUCUUGCGCGUCCAAGACGUCCAGCAGCCGAUUUGUCGUCCGGAAGAACUUCCCCGUCAGUCGCAGUGGGGGUGCUCCAGUGUGAAACAAGAGGAUCCACAGCACCUCAAUGUUAAAGAAGAAGAGGAGGAGGCUGACGUCAGCAAGUUCCCACUAAAUCGUGUCUCUGUGAAGAGUGAAGACGAACCACCCGAGUGGUCGCAGCUUCAUCAUGAGAGUCCAAGUGGAGACCACUGUGGAGGACCACCACCGGACAACCUCUUCGCUCCACUGUCAGACAGCGACGACAUGGAAGAACCUUUGAGGAGCGACAAAAACUGUGAAGACAAAGCUGAAGCCGUGCAAGUUGAAAUACACAAGCACCUGCGUGCACUGUGGAGCUGCGGAUGGCUCAUUAAAAUCAGAUCGGGAUCCUUUGAUCGCUUCACCGAUACUUGGAUAACUGCAGCAAUUAGAAAGGUAAUACGUCAUUCACGGUAACUUUAUGUAAUACCAGCCGACAGCGAUUAUACCUUGAAGAGUUUGACGCUGUCAUUGUUACCAGUAUGCGUUUCGCUGGCGACGGGAAGUUAGCACGUCUCUGGACCCCAAAUGCAUUGAGUCCUUUUUCCUCUCAGUUUUCUGUGCUUAUUUUAUACAUGUGCACAAUAACAAAUGUCAUAAUCCACAUUGUCCUCCUCCACUUCACGUUCACACAAACCUGAUCCAUCUUUUCCCAAUUGCACUUACUGGCGUUUUUAUAAAAAAACGCACGGAAGACGAAGAAAUAAAUCCUUGUUUCACUUUUUAAGAGAAACUGGAAUGAUAAAAUGAUAAUUUUUAUUUUUGGUUAGAUUUUGCUCCAGAGUACGGGGUUCCAAACUCUGACCCGCACUCCAGAGUAGGUGGCGGUGUUGUUCUUUUGGUCGUUGAACGAUCAACAUUACAACAUCCAAAUGUUGAAAGGCUUGGUGAGGGAGCGAUUGAUUAUUUGAAAGAAUAAUAACGUCGUACGAGGAGCGAAAGAGGAGAAACUUUCUUGGACUGGGAAAUGAAAUUUACAGGCAGGGAGUAGGGGGGAAACAGAUACCAUUAAUAUUAAGCUUUGCACGCCAUCAUUCGAGAAAUACAAUGUUGUAAAUAUUAAGUAGAAGUCCAGUGAACAGACCGACGAGUUCGACAAUUUGAGUGUCGCAAAGUAGGCCAACAGCUUCCAGUUGUCGUCUAGUCGCUGAUCGGUCUCCGCACUUGCACGACGCCGUCGUUCUUCCUAACGUCGACGGCCGGAAUUCGUCGCUCCCUUACCAACUCUCUCAACACGAAGAAUAAAAUAGUGUACAGCUCAACGACGACAACACGUGAUGCUCGCGCUGCGGUCCACUUGACGCGUUGGAGGCUGUACUAACUACCGCAUUUCUUCUUCUUCGCGUUCAGCUGCGGUUUGCAAACUAUGCGCAUUACCGCCCCCUGUCGAUCUUUAAUGAUAACUGCUUUGGGUGACAAUAUAAAUGGAUAAACAAAAUAGCUUACAUUUUCAAAUGAUUUUAUCUAGUGCCGUUGUUCUCAGAUAUUACAUUUCUUGUGGUUUUAUCUUUGGCGUGUUUUGUUCAAAAAUAUUCUUGUGCUAUAUGUCCUUCUUUUCAUUAUACUUUAUUUCUGUUGGUGAUUAGGCAAAUACUCACCCCGAAUUUUGGGGUGGGUGUGCGUCUGCCCUUUUCACACCAGAAUAAUAUUGAGCUACUCCUGCACAUCUCCCCAUUCAGGAUUGAAACAACAAGAGCAAUCUGGAGUAAGCUUUCACUCUUUAUAGCUUGAAGCUCAUUAAUGUGAUAUGUUCACAAAAUCGGACCUUGACACAGAGCUGAGAAAGUGGAGGAAACUAAUUUUGCUUCUGAAACAGAAAUUAUCUUUAUUCACCAGGAUGAUUUUUUUACUCUCUGUAAAUAGUUUGUGUCUUUGCACACCGAGAAAAGGUCUACAUAAAACCAUUUUAUUAGGAAUAGUAGUUUGGCCUUUGAGAAUAAUUUUUAGCAGACGAUAUAUUGUCUGCAGAUAAAGGAUGUUAUUGUCAAUAUUUAUUUGAGAUACAAUUAACUAACAAUAAUACAUAAGUACACCCUUUCAAAUGCAAUAAACUUUUACUUCUCA